AUGUCCUCCGCCGCCCGCCAAGCGCACCCAGUCGAUGUCGCAGCGUCGGAAGGAGCGACAUCAUUUCUGCGAGCCAAGAACCUCCCCGAGGCGAUCUCGCUCACCAACACGCCCGGCAAAGUGUGUAGUUCGGCAGCCAGCGCAGCAGAAGACGCGAGCGCACGUUCGUGUGCCUCUGAAGUCUCCCUUAUGUCGCCGUCCCGCAUAUCCUCCGAAGUGUACACAUCGAGCCACCACACCGAAAGUCGUCAGCGCAGCUCCUCAAGCGAGGCGCAGGCAGGCUUUAUGCCUGAGGCACUGCAUGAGAUGGGCAUCAUCGGCAGCGCGCGGAACGGAAAGGACCUCCCGGCCACUCUCCAUACACCGACGGCAAAGCUGAAAGUCCAGAAGCACGGAAAACCGCUAGCGGUGAAACUGCACCCGCCUCCCUCUGCUGCCGCGGAACGGCCGACCCUGCCGCCCUCAUCGCAUACGUCUGAGAAAGUGCAGCCAACCUUUUCGUCCUUCAAUCCACUCCGCAAGGACUCUGCUCAACCGUCGUCAGACUUGUUCUCCAUGCAGAUCCCGAGCAGCCACACGCAGAAGAGCAAGACCUCGUCGAGCGAGCAAUUACCUCCCACCCACCCGAAAAUUGCCGGUGCGCCGAAAGUGCCACAGAAUCUUGACCAGCGCGGCAUGAGCUCCGUUGCAUGCUCGAAUGUCCACCUGUCUGUGCUGGCUGAUCUCUUGGAGAAGAAGGUGUUCUCCGAGGAAGAUGUGCUGCUGGAGCUGGAGGCUAUCCGAAAGCGCUCACUACUCACCUCGACCCCUUUCAACAGGCGCCUGCUCCCCAUCCUCGCUUGGUACCUGCUCCGCGACAAGUUUGGUGAGGAGGCAGCCACCCGGUACGUGUUUCUGCUGACAUCCUCGGCCGGCGUGCCACGGUCCGACGGAGCGGUGAACACGACGCUCACCAUCGCCUCUUUCUUGCCUCGCGUGAACAAAAUCCGGCGUGUGCGGCGGGAGGCAAAGGAGAGUAACCGUAAGAAACCGAUGCACCACUACGCCAUCACACCCCCGGCAUGCUCGACAGAAACAGCGAAGCUGUGCGACGUCAAAGGGGCGCAUCAUCAGCGGCAACGUCUGCGGCGGAUGCCAGCCUUUGACGCCCUCGAGGACGCGUCCGACAUUCCGACGGCAAGCCCGACGGAUCGCUUUUCUUUGAAGUCCCCCAUCACACGCAGCAGCCCCUGCCUGCGCAGCGUAUCUCCGUUGCAGUAUGGACAGCUGCGCGUGUACACCCGUGCGCACGCAGCCGUCGACCGACAGGCAGCGAAAGCAGAGGACCGCCCUGUCGUGGAUGUUAUUAUGGACGCUGCGGACCCCCAGGCUCGAGCGAAGAACGCGUUCGAAAUAGUCCAGGCGGAAGCAUCGUCAGUCGUGGAGGAGCCCUCCGUCUUUCACGGCUUUGGACACCAAUCACCGGCAGCUAGGGGCACCGCAACCAAGUUGACGUCGAAGAGGCGCUCUCCCAUUCCACCCGCCUCCGCACAUCCUACUGGCGCUCUUGCCGAAGCAACGGCGCGCAGCCGUCACGGACUGCAGGUGCACGGAAGUCAAGGCUGCGAGAUGCUCGGCGUGACACCGAGCGCGGGUGCCUUCAGCGGGAUCGCCCCUGCAACGGACAGCGAGGAAGGUCUGAGCCUGUUCUACCGAGAGCGUGUCGAGGGAGUCGGCCAAGAAUGUAUGCCCUCUGCCUCGGCAUUUUGGCAAGCCAUCACCCCACCCCACGCAUCUGCUGAAGGCAAGGCAUCGGGUCGCCGAUGCUUACCAGCUAAGCAUUCGCAGCAUAGGCACCUCGAUCGCAGUGCCAGCCCGGCGGACGUGAUGGGUGCCGUCACGCCGUGCCUGUCGAGCAUCCUCGCGGUAAGGGACUACGACGCAAGUGCGCAGCAAAGCGGACUUGCUAGUGAAACCGGCAACGCCCCAGAUCUCUCUACGAUGACAAGUGCUACAACAAGCUCUCAUAGCUGUGUAGAGUACUCGCAUGGUGUGGCUGGUGACCGCAAGUACUACAAUGCCGAGCUCGAUGUAAUUCUCGAAGACGCACCCUCACAGGCACUCACAAGCGCCACCGCGUACUCUGCCUUGAAUGACCUUCAUGAGUCUCCCGUUGGUGAUGACGACGCAGAAAACGCCGCCGGCACGGCUCACUGCCCAGCAAUAUCCUCCCUACUGCAGGGCCGUAGCGUGGCUGAAACCUCGCCGCCGUGCGCCCCUGAAGUAACCGACACGUCCAGGUAUCAACGAGAGCAGCGGUCGUACUCCUACAUGAACGGCGCGGAGAAUUCGAUGAGUCGCACAGUUAAGGCCACAGAGCACUACUCGAUGCUCCUGAACACCUCUACAGCAGCGCACAGGCCAGCCUGCCUCCUGUGCAGCCGCAGCACCGAGGUGCGGGAAAAUAGCAACACCAAGCUUCCCGGUAUGGCGCAGGCCUCUCAGCCAGAAAGUACCAUCGAGAAGAAGCACGGCUACAGUAGUCUCCUGGAGAGCCACAUCGACACGGUGGCGACAAGCAGCACCCAGCGGAUCGCCACAGAGAGAAGGGACAGUGACUCGCAUACAGUCGCAGAGUACAGUGCGUUUAUUUGUGCAGAGGCGUCGGCGAUGGAGCCAUCUACAAGCGGUGCUGUGCAGUCGCAAGCCAUCAAAACAAGCGAAACGUGGCGUAGUGACACGUCUGCCACGACUGCCGCGGCCGUCAGCAUUGUUGAACCAUCCGCAAACAUGGUGCAUUCUACGCAGCAGAGCACGUGUGGAAUUCUUAACACGCCUACCACUUCAAGAUGUCGGAUGCCAUGCAGCGACCUCCACAGCUCGCGACGCGUGGAGAGGAAGGCACAGUUAUGUGGUCGCCCAGCAACCGAGAGCUCUCUUGACGACACACCGGUAUACAGCAUAUCUUUCAGCCGCACCAACACGCACCACUCGUCACCCUCCACAAGAAUCAACGGGUCCUCGUACGCUGCAUCCGCACCAGGAGGCGAGUCUGGCUUUGGAAACCUCCUCCGUACUAACGUCGAAGCCUCAGCACUGGGUAGUGGUGAUGAUCUGCGAGGUUUUUUGGCUGAAUCAUUCCCUUCCAUCGCCUUCCCCGGCGCAUCCUUCCACCAGAACAGUGUUCUACCUGGUGGCACCAGCACCAAUGCAAAGGGCAGCUGUGCUUACCAAAACAUACGCUGUUCAAACUUUAUCCAGCAUUCUGCGAAUCAGCAUGGACAGCGCAAGACUCAUCUUCGAACCUCCGCAUCACUGCCACCAACCGCCAGCGCCACAACCUUGCUGAGAGAAUCCCCCGAUCACCGUCCCGCCUCUAGUGACGCUAACGUGAGGCGCAGCUUAUCAGAUGCGCUUGCAGCUCCUUUCGGAGACUCGUUCUCAAUGCACAACCUAACAGCUAAAGACAAUGACACAUCACAAGCAAUCCACAGCCACCACCCUCCUCCGACGCACAGUACAACUGCCCCGGCUAUGGAGAAUUUCGGCAGCCUCGUUGAACACCACAGCGUCCACUUACGCGGUGGGUACGGCAGCGUGAUGGAGGGCGACAGCGCUGUGGCACCAGACGCGAGUCUUGCGUCGCGGUCGGCCGGUGGGUACGGCAGCGUGAUGGAGGGCGACAGCGCUGUGGCACCAGACGCGAGCCUUGCGUCGCGGUCGGCCGGUGGGUACGGCAGCGUGAUGGAGGGUGACAGCGCUGUGGCACCAGACGCGAGCCUUGCGUCGCGGUCGGCCGGUGGGUACGGCAGCGUGAUGGAGGGUGACAGCGCUGUGGCAUCAGACGCGAGUCUUGCGUCGCGGUCGGCCGGUGGGUACGGCAGCGUGAUGGAGGGCGACAGCGCUGUGGCACCAGACGCGAGCCUUGCGUCGCGGUCGGCCGGUGGGUACGGCAGCGUGAUGGAGGGUGACAGCGCUGUGGCACCAGACGCGAGCCUUGCGUCGCGGUCGGCCGGUGGGUACGGCAGCGUGAUGGAGGGUGACAGCGCUGUGGCACCAGACGCGAGCCUUGCGUCGCGGUCGGCCGGUGGGUACGGCAGCGUGAUGGAGGGCGACAGCGCUGUGGCACCAGACGCGAGUCUUGCGUCGCGGUCGGCCGGUGGGUACGGCAGCGUGAUGGAGGGCGACAGCGCUGUGGCACCAGACGCGAGCCUUGCGUCGCGGUCGGCCGGUGGGUACGGCAGCGUGAUGGAGGGCGACAGCGCUGUGGCACCAGACGCGAGCCUUGCGUCGCGGUCGGCCGGUGGGUACGGCAGCGUGAUGGAGGGUGACAGCGCUGUGGCAUCAGACGCGAGUCUUGCGUCGCGGUCGGCCGGUGGGUACGGCAGCGUGAUGGAGGGCGACAGCGCUGUGGCAUCAGACGCGAGUCUUGCGUCGCGGUCGGCCGGUGGGUACGGCAGCGUGAUGGAGGGUGACAGCGCUGUGGCAUCAGACGCGAGUCUUGCGUCGCGGUCGGCCGGUGGGUACGGCAGCGUGAUGGAGGGUGACAGCGCUGUGGCACCAGACGCGAGCCUUGCGUCGCGGUCGGCCGGUGGGUACGGCAGCGUGAUGGAGGGUGACAGCGCUGUGGCACCAGACGCGAGCCUUGCGUCGCGGUCGGCCGGUGGGUACGGCAGCGUGAUGGAGGGCGACAGCGCUGUGGCACCAGACGCGAGUCUUGCGUCGCGGUCGGCCGGUGGGUACGGCAGCGUGAUGGAGGGCGACAGCGCUGUGGCACCAGACGCGAGCCUUGCGUCGCGGUCGGCCGGUGGGUACGGCAGCGUGAUGGAGGGCGACAGCGCUGUGGCACCAGACGCGAGCCUUGCGUCGCGGUCGGCCGGUGGGUACGGCAGCGUGAUGGAGGGUGACAGCGCUGUGGCACCAGACGCGAGUCUUGCGUCGCGGUCGGCCGGUGGGUACGGCAGCGUGAUGGAGGGUGACAGCGCUGUGGCACCAGACGCGAGCCUUGCGUCGCGGUCGGCCGGUGGGUACGGCAGCGUGAUGGAGGGUGACAGCGCUGUGGCACCAGACGCGAGUCUUGCGUCCCGGUCGGCCGGUGGGUACGGCAGCGUGAUGGAGGGUGACAGCGCUUUGGCACCAGAACGCAAGCCUUGCGUCGCGGUCGGCCGGUGG